ACUUCGGCUACCAUGUCAUCAAAGAAAGAGUCCAACGUGACAUCGAUGAACGAGAAUCAAUUCAUGCAGGAAGCCAGCAAGCUGCUGGGAAUUAUGCAGCAGCAACUGCAGGGAACCUUGAUGGCUCUUGUUAAGGCUGCUUCCACGCCGGCCAAACGAGGUAAGGGGCCGCCGGAUGCAGAAUUACUAAAAACGUACAAGUCGAUGUACCAGUGUGCGUUGCGAAUGGAAGACAAGGCAGAGUUAAUAAUCACCAACCUCCUACAAACGCUGCGACAGUUGAAUAGGCUUCACGUGGGAACUCAGAGCAAAGCCAGAAGCUAGCACACUGAGACGUUAGGUGUGCAUUCGUGUUACCUGGAAUCGUAGCUGUAUUUCUUGUAGUGUGUUGUUGGCUUCAUCAUGAUCGUGUACAUUACAUUUUGGACUUGCCUUAAUAAACUUCUCUAAAAGACAAGUAGUUGCUUGAAAAUAUGGAGUGCUAUUCUAGCCGGCGUGAAUAAAAACAGAACUGUUUUUAUUCACUCCUAGAUUCUCACAUCCAUUGCAGAUUGUGAAGGUUGUGUCAGUGCGCUGUAAUGUGGUAUUCUGUGAUAACCAAGACUGCUCCAAUCAAACCGUGUAUAUUUAAAUAAAGAAAUGUAAGAUUUUUAUAUGGA